UGAAAUGUGUUUCAUGCACAUUUUUUUCGAAUUGUGAAUCAGGUUUCAGUUUUCUGCUUUCGAUUAGCCGAUCGUAGCCGUAAGUGGCCGAGAAUUGCCGAAUCAUCUGUCCUGCCCGGACUGCUUGGAAGCGGCUGCAACGCCAUGUUGGUGAAGUCUCCCAUCUGUGUGAGAAAAAAAAUGAUAGCAAACACACGUAUCGAGAAGAAAAGGUAAAUCGCCGAAGAAGGUUGAAGAUCGCGGCGAUUGUUUCUUUUGAAAGAAGCCAACCGAGCCGGAUCCGCAGAGGUUCCGGACGGGUGAGGGAGGCUAAACCUCCCGCCGUCCCCCAUGAAUAGCACCGCUGAUCCGAACUGCGACUUUCCAUGAAAAAAGACGUUUGUGUUGUUAUUCGGGCUUCGUUAUCCCACUUCGUUCGAGGGAUUUGGGGCCUGCUUCAGAAACCUGCUAACGCUACACUCGCUUUAUGUAUAUGCCAGCUAGGCGUCGUUUGGAUCAGUCUUCAUUAUUAGAUUAUUGUUUUCGUUUGAUUUUCUUGCGAUGAGUUUGCCACCGAAAGUGGUGCCCAAACCCGCCGCUGUCGCCAUUAGCGGACCUGGAAGUGGUCCCUCUCCGUCGAGCCAGUUGCGGGCUACCCUGACCUCCGUGUCGCUGCCGCCGGGAGCCCCGAGCGCUCCUCAGCCGGGAGCUGUUCCACCUCAAAUUCCACGUGUUCAGCCUUCACUGGACGAACGACUCUUCCCACACAGCGGCGUCGCUGCAGUUUAUAGUGUACCCAGGCACGCUGGUCCUCCUUACACUGCUCAUGACAUCACAAAGGGACACCCUAGCUUGGCAGGCACGCCGCCUGGUCAUGCCCACUCCCCGGCGCUCUCUCAGGUAUCAGUACCCACAGCUUCCCCGUAUCGCUACCCUAAGGGCUGGGAGGCAGGCGGAGGGACUCCGUACAACCCUGGGCAGAAUGCUGGCUCCGCCUCUUUAGUGUAUUCUGCACAGACACAGCCAAUGAAUGCACAGCCUCAAACUCGCCCGUUUGCCACGGGCCCUCGACCAACCCACCAUCAGUUUUUCCAGAGGGCUCAGAUGCAGACUGCAAGGCCCACCAUUCCUACAAAUGCCCCUUCCUUACGGCCUGGCUCACAGACCCCCACAGCAGCUGUCUACCCCACAAAUCAGCCAAUCAUGAUGACCAUGGCACCCAUGCCUUUCCCGUCAGCACAGGCUGCUCAGUACUACAUCCCACAGUAUCGUCACAGUACAACCUACGUAGGACCUCCCCAGCAGUACUCAGUACAGCCACCAGGUUCUGGUACCUUCUAUCCUGGUCCGGGACCAGGGGAGUACCCCGCUCCAUAUCCUGGCACACCCUACUACCCAGGACAGACUGUGUACCCCCCCUCACCCCCUAUCAUAGUGCCUACACCACAGCAACCUCCACCAGCCAAGCGUGAGAAAAAAACUAUUCGUAUCCGUGACCCCAAUCAGGGUGGCAGGGAUAUCACAGAGGAGAUCCUGGCAGGGGGUUCAGGGAGCAGGAAUUCAACGCCUCCCGUUGGACCCCCUUCAUCUACCCCUCCACAGUUUUUAUGGCCGCACCCUCAUUAUCCUCACAUUUUCUACCUCAAAUCGCAGCAGCAGCUGAGCAGCCGCCAGACUCCAGAGCAGCCGUCAGAACCUCAGCCUCCUCAGCCACAGCAGGCCCAUCCUGGAAGCUACACCCUUGAGCCACCCCAGCCACUGCAGCCCCAACAGCCACUGCAGCCACUGCAACCAUUAACAGUUGGGGCUUCAGAUACCAAACCAGGGCCAGAUGACAUGCCAAAAUUGGAGCGGGUUGCGCAGAAGUCUUCCUCACCAGGACUUGUACAGCCUGAAGCUCCUGGGGAGAGACUGGAAUGCAGUGCUGCUGUAGCUGAGCCCUCUACUUCUGUCGAACCAGAGCUUCCUUUCUCUUCAGCAGUCACAGCUCCUGUCCCUCUUCCAGUUGUGACCAACACCAGUGAACGGCCAUCACCCAGGGAGUUUACUGCUUCAGGCUCCAUUCCCUCCUCCUCUGUUGGGGAGCACAAGCCCUCCCCAACACCACCUCAGACUCAGACAUCUAACACAGAUAUCUCUGUCUCAGAUGCCCCACAAACUCUGGCUGCUGUGCUAGUGCAGGGUCCCAAGGCAUUUAAUGGCUUUGCAGAAGUUGGGACUGAGCUUGACUCACUGGGUCACAAGCCACCCCUUCUCUCCCCGGCUGCGCUGCAGUCCCAAGCCUGUGCUCCUGCUUACACGGAGUCAUUGCCUUCUGAUAUGAGGCCAGAGGUGCCCAUCGCUUCUGCUCUCACUCCUAUGGCUCCUGUGGCUGUGGUGCCAGUCACCCUAACCUCAAGCCCUGCACCAGCUUUCCCAGCUAUGCUCCCGCCUGGCCUUCCACCUCUAGUGCAGGCCACAACAGAGGUCGAUGACCCCAGCAGGUCCUUAGAGACUAAGGAUAUCACCACCAGAGGAGGAUCAGAGGCACACGGCUGCAUCGUUGAUGGCAAAGCAGACUCCCAGCACCUAGCACUCAUAAGGAAGAGUCCCACUACAGUAAAUCAGACUGCUUCUGCAAUACCAAAGACCUGGAGGAAACCAAAUGAAGGCUUCUGUGCUGCAGAUGUAGCUCAAAAGGAGGAUGAGGAGGAGCCCAGGCCAGUAGAUCAUCAUGCUGCAGAUCAGACCCUGGAAAUGGCUCCACUGAGUACCAGUCCUGUGCCCCUACCAUCAGUCUUCACCUCAACCCCUGUUCCAGUUCCUGCCAGCAGCCCUGAGACUGACGGAAAGCCUCCGCCCCUGGAGGAGAAUGGUGAACCUGAGCUGGAGCCCAUGAGGAAUGGGGCAGGCCACACAUCAGAGACUGAAAGUAGCGAUAGUGGAGCCACCCCAGGAGACAAGGAGAACUCCAUGGGGGCAGCACAGGACAUGGAAGACCUGGUGGACUCCAGUGGGAAACGCCAGUAUGGCAGAGAUUUUCUGUUGGGCUUCCAGUUUAUGCCUGCUUGCAUCCAAAAGCCUGAGGGUCUCCCACCAAUCAGUGAUGUGGUGCUGGACAAAAUGAACCAAAACAAGUUGCCUUCUCGGGUUGUGGAUUCCAGGAUGAUUUCCAGGGGACCUGACUUCACACCUGCCUUUGCCGACUUCGGGAGGCAGAUAACUGGAGGGCGCGGCGUUCCACUCCUAAACCUUGGCACACGGCGUCUUCCUCCCCGGAAAAUCAUUAUGAACGUGUCAGUGAAUGAUGAUGUUCAGCUGAAAAAAGCUGAGAAUGCCUGGAAGCCUGGCAUGAAGCGGGAGGGAGUCGCCGAAGACCCAGAGAUGCAGAAAACACAGGAGCUGUUCAGGAAGGUGCGGAGCAUCCUGAACAAACUGACCCCGCAGAAGUUCAACCAGCUGAUGAAGCAGGUGACGGACCUAACCAUCGACACAGAAGAGAGGCUGAAAGGGGUCAUCGACCUCGUCUUCGAGAAGGCCAUAGAUGAGCCCAGCUUCUCGGUAGCCUAUGGAAACAUGUGCCGCUGCCUCGCCACCCUCAAAGUGCCCAUGACUGAUAAACCCAACACCACAGUGAACUUUCGCAAACUGCUGCUAAACCGCUGUCAGAAGGAGUUUGAGAAGGACAAGGUGGAUGAUGUGGUGUUUGAGAGGAAGCAGAAAGAGCUGGACUCUGCUGCAUCGGCGACCGAGCGAGAACAUCUUCAGGAAGAGUUGGAGGAAGCCAAGGACAAGGCCCGACGGCGUUCAAUAGGCAACAUCAAGUUCAUCGGUGAGCUCUUCAAGCUAAAGAUGCUGACAGAGCCGAUCAUGCAUGACUGCGUGGUCAAGCUCCUAAAGAACCACGAUGAAGAAUCCUUAGAAUGUCUGUGCCGGCUGCUCACCACCAUUGGCAAAGAUCUCGACUUUGAAAAGGCCAAGCCUCGAAUGGACCAGUAUUUCAAUCAGAUGGAAAAAAUUGUCAAGGAGAGGAAGACAUCGUCGCGGAUACGGUUUAUGUUACAGGAUGUCAUAGACCUGCGAUCGCACAACUGGGUGUCCAGAAGAGUCGACCAGGGCCCCAAAACAAUCGAGCAAAUCCACAAGGAAGCUAAGAUUGAAGAGCAGGAGGAGCAGCGAAAAGUCCAGCAACAGCUGCUCUCCAAGGACAGCAAGAGACGGCCAGAUCCCAGAGAUCAGCGCAUACAAAGAGAGGAGACCUGGAACACUGUUACCAUGACGAAGAGCAGUCGAACCAUUGACCCCUCCAAGAUCCCGAAGAUCUCCAAGCCUCAAGUGGAUGAGAAGAUCCAGUUGGGUCCAAGGGCUCAAGUCACAUGGGUAAAGGGCAGCAGUGGUGGAGCCAAGGCCAGCGACUCGGAACUAUCACGGACAGCUGGAAGUAGCCUCAAUCGAUACUCUGCACUGCAAGCAACCACAUCAUCUCAGGCCUCCACCACACCUCCCCAGAAUCCAGACUUUGACUCCAGGAGAACUCUGGGAAGUCGUGGCAGUACAGCCAGAGACCGCAGCGAGAAGCCACUGAUCUCUGCCUCAUCGCCACGACCUGGACCCUUCGUCAGAGGGGGCAGUUCAAAAGAGCUGCUUGAGAGCCAGACCACAGAGGAGCCACGCCGAGACCGGGAGCGAGAAGGAGGCGAGCCUCGAAGACCAAGCGUCACUGAAGACAAACCAGAAGUGGAGCGUAACAGAAUCAGAGAGCCUGUGAAACCUGAAGCUGCGUGUCAAACUCCAGACAAACCCACCAUGACCGAGGAGGAGCUACAGAGGAAAUCAAAGUCCAUCAUUGAUGAGUUCCUGCACAUAAAUGAUUACAAGGAAGCUGUGCAAUGUGUGGAAGAGCUCGAUUCCAUCUCUCAGCUCUACAUCUUUGUCCGCGUUGGGGUCGAGUCCACUCUGGAGCGCAGUCAGAUAACGCGAGACCACAUGGGCCGGCUGCUGUUCCAGCUGGUGCAGCAGGGAAUCCUGCCAAAACUCCAGUUCUACAAAGGGUUUGCAGAAACGUUGGAACAAGCUGACGAUAUGGCCAUCGACAUUCCCCACAUCUGGCUGUAUCUGGCCGAGCUGCUCAGCCCUGUGCUGAGGGAAGGAGGCUUCUCUAUGAGAGAGCUCUUUAGUGAAUUAAGCAAGCCUUUGCUUCCUGUGGGAAGAGGUGGGAUCUUAAUUUCUGAAAUUCUGCACAUACUAUGCAAACAAAUGAGCCAUAGGACUGUAGGUACGUUGUGGAGAGAAUCUGGCCUCAGCUGGACUGACUUUCUGCCAGAGGAUGAAGACGUCCAGGCUUUCAUCUCACAACAGAAACUGCAGUUCACUUUGCCAGACGGCUCCAGCGGUGAAGCAGCUCUACCGAAAAGGAUCUUCUCUCCUGAAGAGCUGAGCCACCAGCUGGAGAGACUUCUCCUGGAGGACAUGGCCACUGACGAGCAGAUCUUUAAAUGGAUAGAGGCAAACUUAGAUGAAUCUCAGAUGAACUUGUCUCCAUUCCUGAGGGCUUUGAUGACCGCCGUGUGCAAAGCGGCGUUGAAAGAUUAUCACAUGAACUGCAGAGUGGACAUGACCAUCAUCCAGAGGAGAGUGCCUGUAUUACACAAGUACCUUAACUCAGACACUGAGCGACAGCUGCAAGCACUUUAUGCACUUCAGGCGUUGAUAGUCACCUUAGAUCAGCCUCCAAACCUCCUUCGGAUGUUCUUCGACAGUCUCUAUGAUGAGGACGUGAUCUCGGAGGACGCCUUCUACAAAUGGGAGGCAAGCAAAGACCCCGCUGAGCAGCAGGGUAAGGGCGUGGCCCUCAAGUCCGUCACGGCCUUCUUCACUUGGCUGCGCGAGGCGGAGGAGGAGUCUGAGGAUAAUUGACGAGGGAGACAACCCGGGACUGGACAUAGAAGAACUGCAUUCUUACAGCUGAUCAAACAUAAAAUGAGUGUGUGAGCAGGAUGACAUGUUUACGGCUGGAAUUUUUUUCUGCGGUACGGUUCUGAAUCACGCCGCCAUCUUGAGUUUGGAUUCCAGUGGUGGAAGCACUAAAUACCUGUAUUAUACAUAGAAAAUAUUUUUGUUUUAAAAUUUAACUUUUUGUUUUGUUACUUUUUAAGAAGAGACUUAAACGAUACAUAGGUUCUGGACUCGUUAAUUUAUUAUUUUUUUAAGGACUGCAAAUAAGAAAUUUAUUUAACAUUUGCAGAUGCUCACAAAGAGAACAUUGAAGACAGAAAUAACAAUAUUAUUAAUUAUAACAAAAUAAUUGUGAAAUAAAUAGCCUCCCUGUAUUCCACACAGUUUGGUUUGAAACAGGGUAAAAACAAAAUUGGGGAGGAAAGGUAGCAGAGAUUAAAAAAAAAAAAAAAAGUGACAAUGCAUAGGAACUGUUAACACUGUCUUUCUAUGACAUCACAAAGCAGGAAGCAGCGUUCUCUCAGCCUUGUGUUGCUCCACAUGAUACGAACAUGCACCUCUGGAGAGGUAAGCGUAUGCAUUCACGACACGAUGCAAGUCAGUCCUCAGAACUGUCAGACGGAACAUACCGGAAACACUCGGACAAGACGGCGAUAAUGCAACUUUAAAAGCAAAUGGUUGCUGAACAUGGAAUGCUUGUAAUACUUCAGCCCUACAGAGCAAUUAAAAGCUUGUAAAUACAUUAAAGACAAAAAGGUAUUUAAAAAAAAA